AGUUGCGGUCGUGAGUGGGUGCAUUUUCUAUUUUGGUAAAGAAAUGCUACCAAAUUUCGUUUAUUUCACUGAUUUUUUGAUGUUUCAUGACAUAAAUCACAUGUGAUAUAAAUUGUUUUGCAUAUUUCUACCUGCCGGAGUACUGUGUUCAUUUUUAUUUAACUCCUGCCAUUUGCAGUGGUGAAAUAACGAUGCGAUGCAGAUUGUCAUAAUUCCGAGGGUCGGUGGGAUGGCGCAGUGAGCGCUAUUGUGACUAACUAAGACCAAUAAGGUGUGAGCGGCAGGCGGCGUGAUGGGUGCGGCAGGCACCUCGGACGAGUAUGUGCCGCCGCGGCUGUCGCGGGUGCUGCACUCGCUGCCGCACAUCAACGUCACGCUGCACCGCGUCAACGACACCUUCGCGCCCGGCUCGCCCAUAUAUCUUGAGAGCCUCGGCAUCCUCGGCUCCAUUCCAGGAGCUUGGCUGAUUCUCACGCUCACCGUACUGCUCAUAUACUUGCUCACGAGAUGUUGCGACAGGAAGCAGCGCCCGCCCAAGAGUAUCACUGCGCUCAAGAUAACCCUCAUGAUACUGUCCGUGCUGUGCUGCGGCGCAAUAGGCGUGGGCCUGUUCGGUAACGAUGAUCUCCACAACGCCAUGCUGCAGAGCAUUCAGGCAGGCAACCAGCUCGCAGCACUUAUCAACACCGUCAAAAAUCAAUCGGGCAUACUGGAGGAAGCCAUGGGGUCUCGUGCGCGCGCUCCUCUGGCACGACUCGCGGACGCCCUGGACGCGCCCGUCGCCAACCAGACGGCGCUGGGCACGUUGCUACGCGCGCUAGCGGCGCUCCGGAACAACGCCAGUGCUGCCGCCGCCGCCGGAGACAACCUGCGGCGCCCGCUGGCCGCGCUCAACCUGGACGUGUUCAUGAAGCGGCUGUGGAUGUGGGAGGCGGCGCGGUGGGCGGGCGGCAUGGCGGGCUGGUGCUGCGGCGGCGCCGUGUGCGUGGCGCUCCUGGCCGCCGCCGCCCGCCGCUCUCGCCGCGCGCUGCUGCUGCUCUGUAUUCCACCGAUAGAAUUAACAUAUGAAAAAGAAAAGCACUUACCUGAAAGAAAGACAAUAAAACAGGGAAAUAACAUUGCCAAAAAUAAAUAA